GGCGCCUGAUCUCUGAUCAGUUCUCCUGCUCUUCUUAUCGAUCCUCCCGCUCGUGCCUGUGAGUCAGCCCGUCCGGUGUCGGUCUGGUUCCAUCUGGUUUCUUCUGGUUCCGGUUGUUUGUAACUUUUCACAGUGGAGCUUCGGGCUCGGGUUAGCUGUUAGCAUCUCGCCUUUAGCUUCAUCUUACGGGUCUUUUCCUGCUCACAGUCUCCACCCGAACACCGAAUCCCUCUCGCUGCUGCGCGGACGGAACACUUGGGCUCAGCUACGGGCUGGUUACUCAGUUCAGUUCUGCUAGCAGGGCAGCUAAGCUAACUAGAUAGCCGUUAGCCUGAGUUAGCAGCCAGCAGCUCGGUCCUCCUCAUGCCGGCGAUGCUGGAGAGAAACCCGGAGGCUCCGGGGAAGAGGAGAGGCAGAGGUCCGACUGGCAGCGGACCCGGAGCAGCGGCGACCCAAGUCGGAAAGAGCCUGUCCGGUAAUGGAACCAGCAACAGCUGCUGGGAAGAAGGAAGCUCCGGCUCGAGCAGCGACGAGGAGCAUGGUGGAGGAGGGAUGCGGGUUGGGACGCAGUACCAGGCGCUCGUUCCGGACUUUGACCCGGACGUGGCCCAGGCAGCUCAGCUCAGAGAGAACCUUGGCAUGUUGGUUUGGAUCCCCAGCAGCUUCUUGAACCAGACUCAGUUGGACGAGUACAUCGCCAUCGCCAAGGAGAAGCACGGCUACAACAUGGAGCAGGCUCUGGGAAUGCUCUUCUGGCACAAACACAACAUUGAGAAGUCUCUGGCCGACCUGCCGAACUUCACCCCCUUCCCUGACGAGUGGACGGUGGAGGACAGAGUUCUGUUUGAACAGGCGUUCAGCUUCCACGGGAAGAGCUUCCACCGCAUCCAGCAGAUGCUCCCUGAUAAGGCCAUGGCCAGCCUGGUGCGCUUCUAUUACUCCUGGAAGAAAAGUCGCAGUAAAACCAGUCUGAUGGACCGACAGACCCGAAAACACAAAAGAGAGCGAGGCGACAGUGACGAUGAAGUCGAGGAAAGAAACAUAAAUCCUCCGGUUGACUUUGAGCUCGACUCGAAUAAAGACAACAAGAAGGAGCUGAGUUCUGGACCUGAGAGGUCAGAUGUCAAACCAGCCCCUGGACUGAAGACAGGUAGCAAGGCGUCUCAGCGGUUGAAGAAGCGUCCUCCCAAAGGAAUGUUCUUGAAUCAGCAGGAUGUUGUUUCUCUCUCGUCUUCGUCUGCUCAGGGACUCAUCAGACAGCUGGACUGUCAACUGGUCUCCAUAAAGAGACAGAUUCAGAACAUCAAACAGUCCAACGGUUCUCUGAAGGACCAAAUCUGCUCAGGAGUCAACGAGUUCAGGCAGCCUGAGGUGAAUCAGAAGUUUAACAAUCGUUGGACCACCGAAGAGCAGCUGCUUGCUGUACAAGCCAUCAGGAAGUAUGGGCGGGACUUCCAGGCCAUCUCGGAUGUGAUUGGUAACAAGUCUGUGGUUCAGGUGAAGAACUUCCUGGUGAACUACAGAAGGAGGUUCAACCUGGAUGAGGUUCUUCAGGAGUGGGAGGCUGAACAUGGGACAGAUGGAGGGGGAAGAGGACCUGGGGGAGAGGAGGACAAGAUGGAGGAGUGUACUGCUGAGGACGAGGACUUCACAGAGACAAAGGAGGACUCGUCCUCCCCCGUGGACUCUCAGAAGCCGCUGCCUUCUUGACUCUCUGGCUCCGCCCACUAGUUUUAUGAUGCUGUCAUGAGUUUAUCCUUCUAUUUUAGUUGAACUUUUAUUGGUCAGGAAUGAGGUUUGUGUCAUUACAAGCCUCUCUGGACCAAUGUGAUAUCAAAGAGGGUUUCCUCUACAUCAAUGUUUAGUUUGGAAUCUUUUCUCUUUGAGGGUGGAGCUUCAUCAAGUUGGAUGAUCGGUCACAUGACAAAAAACUAAAAUAUCAUCAAUAAAUGAUUUUGUUUCUUUAUCUUUUCUUCUUUCUAAGUUCAGUUUUGACAAUGAGAAAAAAUGUGUAAAAAAUAAAUAAACUUGCCGUAAUGGUAAUUAUUAUCUUUAUUUACACAGCUGGUCUCCUAACAAAAAGAGGAAAAUACACCACGUCAACAAUUACAAUAACAUCUCAUUGAGAUUCUGGGGAGAGACGAUGUGUGACGAGGCUGACGGAUCAAAUUAUGGUUAAAUGUUCAAAGACUGACACGUCUACGUACAUGGUGUAAUCGUAUCAAUAAAAAUAUACACUUCUUU